AUGGAAAACGAAGAGAAUAAAAAUACCGAGCAACGCGAAUCGUUUACUGAAUUGGAUGAUUCGAAUUUAAGUGUAGGUGGAGAAAAGGUCGAUGAGGUGGUGGUAGAGGAGGAGGAGAAGCUGCCUGCGGUGGCGGAAGGUGGAGAAGACGGAGAAGAGUCCGUUACAGAGAAAUAUGAUGUGGCGGGAUCGGAACUGGAAGUGGACGCGUUGGCGGAGCUUGAUAUGGGGCGUGGAGAAAAGAGUGUAAUAGAGAGAGUUGGUUCGUCGAUGCUUACAGCUGAAGAGGCGGUGGCAGAGGAAACUCAGGUGUUGGAGAGUGAGGUGGGAGGAAUGAAAGGUGGCGAUGAUAGCCGGGAUUCACUGCUUGCUCCGAAGGGUGAUGAAGAAUUGGUGUCAGGGGUGGCAGGCGAUGUAAGCAAGGAUGGUUCUGGCGCAUGGGAUUUGAGACCUCAUACUCAGUCGGAAAUGGACAUGACCUAUGAAGCGCCAGUGGAAAGAGAGGGAAUGGAGGUUAGGGGUCCUAAAGCCGUGACUGAGAUGGAGGAGAAGAGAGGCAAGGCACAGCACAUUGAGGAAGAGGAAGGAGCAGAGUUGGAGGAAGAGAGAACCCAAAUACUUGAAAAUGAUUCAGAGACAGUAGUGGAAGCUGGUAUAGGCAGCGAGGAGAAGGUUACAGAUAAGGUAAAUGAUUCAGAAGUUGGGAUUAGUGAGAAACUGGUUGGAACUGUAGAAGACAGAAGUGAUUCUAAGACCCAAAUUGAGGUGGUGAAUUGUAAUGAAGGAGAGCACGUUCCCGAUUCUGAUGGUGGUACGGUAAAUUUCAGCACCGACAUUGAAGAUAAGAGUGCUGCAGAUAGGGUGGUGGUUGAGGAGAGUUUGAUGGCCGGAACUAUAACUGAGGAGGAAAAGGAUAUGAGCUUGGAGGUUUUGAAAGGCCCGGAGUUAUCUGAGCUUUCAAAUGCGGCAGAAGUUAAGGAGGUAGAAGCAGUGCCUGGAGAGGAGAUUUCAGCAGGAGAUACUAAAAUAGAAACAGAGGAAUACAAGGAAAUAGAAGUGACGAGGGAUGACAUGGUCCAGGAGAUUCAAGUGGCUGAUUCGCAAAUGGAAACAGAGGUGGUGGAAAGGAAUGAUAUGUUUGAGACGAUCCCAUCCGAGGACACAAACAGGGAGACAGAGGAAACAAAGAGUGAUGUGGAUGAGCCUGGUGUGGAGUUGAAUGAUCCACUGGCUGCAAUAAAAUCCGGGGAUGAUGAACCAAUGGCCGUGGAGGACACUGAGACUCAGGACACUGAAAUGGAGACUGAAACAGAUGUGGCUGAACCGGUGAAAUCAUCUGGAGAGAAGCGGAAGAGGGUGAGGAAUUCAAAAAGUCCUUCAAGUUGUAAGGCCACAACAAAAGCUUCAGCUAGGAAGAAGGUAGGAGAGGACGUUUGUUUCAUUUGUUUCGAUGGUGGGGACCUUGUGCUAUGUGAUCGCCGAGGUUGCCCCAAAGCGUAUCAUCCAUCUUGUGUAAAUCGAGAUGAGGCCUUCUUCAACACUAAGGGUCGCUGGAACUGCGGUUGGCAUAUGUGCAGCAUUUGUGAGAAGAAUGCCCACUAUAUGUGUUAUACAUGCACAUAUUCCUCAUGCAGGGGUUGCAUUAAAGAUGCUGUUAUCUUUUGUGUCCGAGGAAAUAAAGGCUUUUGUGAGACCUGCAUGAGAACUGUUACGCUAAUUGAGAACAAUCAACAUGAAAAUGCUCAAUUAGAUUUUGAUGACAAAAGUAGCUGGGAGUAUCUAUUCAAGGAUUACUAUAUAGGUCUCAAAUCGAAGCUAUCCCUCUCAUCAGUUGAAGUUGCAGAGGCAAAGCAUCCAUGGAAAGGCAGUAAACAAGAAUCACCUGAGGCACAGAUUGAUGCUGAUUAUGAUGGAGGAUCUGGUUCAGGCGACUCUAUUGAGAGCCAGAAAACCCGUAAAUCUAAGAGAAGAAAGCUAAAGAAACGAUCAAAAUCCCUCACCAUAGAAGAUGAAUCCGUCAGUGUAGGUGUGUCAGCCGGCGAUGAGAACGUUUCUUCAUCCGAGGACACUGAAUGGGCUACAAAAGAGCUUCUUGAAUUUGUUUCGCACAUGAGAAAUGGUGACGUAUCUCCACUGUCUCAGUUUGAUGUACAAGCUCUUUUGCUUGAAUAUAUCAAAAAAAACAAACUGCGUGAUCCUCGCCGGAAAAGUCAAAUUAUCUGUGAUUCAAGGCUUGGUAAUCUAUUUGGAAAACCACGAGUUGGGCAUUUUGAGAUGUUAAAACUUCUUGAAUCUCAUUUUCCUACCAAAAAGGAUAAGACAGAUGAAGUUCAAGGAAGUGUUGUCGGCACUGAAAUUAACCAGUUGGAGGUUGGUGGUGAUGCUGACACCCUAGCCAGGGGGGUCAAAGGUAGGAAAAGCAAAACACGCAAGAAAGGUGACAGAAGGGGUCCUCAGUCGAAUCUUGAGGAUUAUGCAGCGAUUGACACACACAACAUUAGCUUAAUUUACCUACGACGGAAGUUGAUGGAGGACCUACUCGAAGAUGUUGAGAAAUUUCAUGAUAAAGUUGUUGGAGCUUUCGUGAGGAUAAGAAUUUCUGGUAGUAGUCAAAAGCAAGACCUGUAUAGACUAGUGCAAGUUGUAGGCACAAGCAAAGCUGCGGAGCCAUAUAAAAUUGGCAAAAAGAAUUGUGAUACGAUGCUGGAGAUAUUAAAUCUAGACAAGGCGGAGGUCAUAUCAAUUGAUACUAUCUCAAAUCAAGAGUUCACUGAGGAAGAAUGCAAGCGUCUACGCCAGAGUAUCAAAUGUGGACUCAUCAACAGGCUGACUGUGGGUGACAUUCUUGACAAGACCAUGGAAAUACAGGCGGCCAGAGUUAAUGAUUGGUUGGAGUCAGAGGUUAUGCGCAUUAGCCAUCUUCGUGAUCGAGCUAGCGAUUUAGGGCGUAGGAAGGAGCUUAGAGAGUGUGUGGAAAAAUUACAACUUUUGAAGACCCCUGACGAACGCCAUCGUAGACUAGAGGAAAUUCCUGAAAUACAUGGAGAUCCCAAAAUGGAUCCAAGUUACGAGUCUGAUGAGGAUGACAGUGAAACUGACAACAUUAAACGAGAUUCUUUAACGAGAUCUAGUUCUAGCUUUAAUAGAAGAGGAAGUGGUCUUAUCUCUCCAGGAAGUGAUUAUAAUGCGAAAGAUACUUGGAAUGGCUUGGAAAAUGUUUCUAGUAAGAAUUUGGAAACGAGAAGAAACCUCUCGAGCAAGAGUAUGUAUACCAAUGCUGCUCAUUCUGGCGAAAUAGUUGUUGAGAAUUCACGGAACCAAGGAAGAGACAAGAACGCUCAAGAAUCUAAAUCUGUUGAAUGGACUAUGAAUUCCUCGUCCAAAUCUGAAUCCCUUUCUGUUGCUUCACCCGUAACUUCAACAGUAUCUCUCUCAGAUAGUGUGGCAGAAAUUGCUGUCAGUAUAAAUGAAACUGAAAAGGUUUGGUAUUACAAGGAUCCUUCUGGAAAGGUGCAAGGACCAUUUUCUAUGACGCAGUUGCAUAAGUGGAACAAUACAGGAUACUUUCCUGCAGAUCUGAGAAUCUGGAGAACCGCAUUAGAACAAGAAGACCCUAUUCUUCUUAGUGACGCAUUGGCAGGGAAAUAUCAGAAAGACCUGCCGGCAGUUAAUAGAUUUCCAGCAAUUAAUAUUAUGCAUAGUCCGAGUAUCUCGUCGAGUCACCCUGGUAAAAUUUCUGGAACAUCCUUGCACCAAGAUAUACAGAGACCAAAUACUAAUCAAGACCCUAGAGCUCACCCAAAACAUUCUACAGAAAUUUGGAUUGGGAAUGAUUCAACAAACCUACCAUCUCCUACUCCACAACAAAAAAAUGCAGGAUGGACAGGAGAAGACGGGGGUAUUCUCCUUGGUGCAACUCAAUAUCCCAGUGGCAAUGGAUUGCUUCAUUCACCUUCUCCAUCCUUACCAAACACCGCGAAGUAUUCUUCUCCUCCUGCUUCAGUUCUGAAUUCUGCUGUCCAAUCUGGUGCUGCUUUUUCUCCAACAUUGAAUUCUGAAAAAGGUGUUCUUGCAGGCUCCGUAGAUUCUCUACAAAUUCAGUCAAACAUGAGUGGUGAACCACACAGCGUACAGAUGCAUGGCCAUCUGCCCACUAUCGUCCAUUCAGUUCACUCGGCUAUUAGUCUGAACCCUCAUGUUGAAACUCCUAGUUGGGGCAGCGGUCCACAUUCUGGACAAGGCAAGGCUCAAGGUUGGGGUGGCAAUACAUUGGAUGUUCAGAACUCUGCUGGAAAUUUCUCGAACUCAGAUAUUGCAGCUACGCAGCAACCUGAUUUGUGGGGACCAUCUACUCAGGGCAUUCUACCGAACAUGCUGCCCCCUGGUAUACAAAACGUUUCUUGGGGCACGAGACCUGAAUAUCCGAACACUGGGUGGGGUAAUGUGCAGGCAAAUCCAAAUGCGGGGUGGGGAACACCCACACCGGGAAGUACAAAUAUAAAUGUGGGACUGGCUGUUCAAGCACCGGCUCUGGGAAAUACUUCUGGUUGGGUUGGUCCUUCAGGAAAUCCCGGAACUACUGUUCAAAGGCCGGUUCCUGGAAAUGUGAAUUCUGGUUGGGUUGCAACUCCAGGUUGGGGGAGUGCUCCAGUUCAAGGGCCAGUACCAGUACCUGGGAAUGGGUGGGGGCCACCUAGUGGAAAUUCAGGAACUCCCGUUCAAGGACUAGCACAAGCAAACCCGAAUCAAGGUUUUGGUGCACCAGCUGGGAGCCAAGGUGUAUGGGGAGGCGAUCAAAACCACAGUGGAGGUCAGUUCUCCAGUCAAAGGGAAAUGGGGGAUUCUGGUUUUGGUGGUGGAAGGACUUCUUGGAACAGACCGUCAUCAUUUGGCAGUGGAGGUUCUAGACCUUUCAACAAGCGGGUUGAUGCACCUCAGAGCUGCUAUAAAAAUUUCAGAUCGUCGACGAUCUGUGACAGACUCAAUUGGAAAGUACAGAUCGCCGUAGGGUGCAGCGCAGCAGCUGCACCUCCGCGUGUUGAGGCUCCGACGCUUCCCUGGAAUAGAUCGCAGCAGCUGCACCUCCGAAAGUACAGAUCGCAGCCGCUGCACCUCCGCAAGACGUGGUGCCACCAUCUCUUGCACGACCACCACCUUCGCGAUAGCCACCGUCUGCAAGCUAGCAACCCAAAAUCAACUCAACCAUCACCUGCACAACCACCACCUUUGCGACCGCCACCAUCGCCUGCACGCCGCCACCACCUUGAGGAAUCUCGAUUUAGGGUUCGAAUAAAAUUGGGGAGAGGAUAG